AUGGCGCUGCAGACGCCUCUCCCUCCCAAUCUCCGGAAGGGCUUGACGACUUUCAGUGGCUCUCUCUUCAUCAACAAUAAGACGGGCGACUGUGGCGUGGCACAUAUGUACCAGCCAGGGCACACAGUGCUUUCCAGCCUGCCGCUACAAAUGAUGCUCUAUUUCAACGUCUUCUAUUUCCCGUUCUGGUGUCUGUCGGAGGGGGUCAUGCUGGAACUCAAGUAUAGUUUGCUGCCCACUUACUAUCAGUUUCUGCUUGUUGCUGCAUACCUGUUGCUCACCUUAGCUGAAGGUUUGCGCCUGUACCUUGGAUACCUUGGAAAUUUGCAGGAAAAGGUUCCGGAGCUCGCUGGCUUCAUCCUCCUGUCCUUCCUGAUUGAGAUGCCCGUCCUGCUGUUCAUCCUGACUGAUGAACACAUCGUCAGGCUGCCCCUGGAGACGGCGGUGCACCUGAUCCUCCUCCUGUUCCUCGUCUCGGAGAUCUCAGCCGCCUUCCCGGCACUCAAAGGGAUGGCCAAAGAGCUGGCCCUGCAGUUCUACCUGAAGCAAUUUGAAGAGGGGCCGGGCAGGGUGGGGCAGCAGGCCAAGAGCACAAGAGCCGGCCAGUGGGGCAGCCAGCCGCCAAUAGGCCCUGAACCCGCCCCACUGUCUGCACGGAAUCACUGA